AUGGUGGAGUCCUCAGAUAAUCCCAGUCCAGGGUGUGGGUCUGUAUGCAACGAGUCCGCAGCCUCAGAGGGACGGGGGCCGCCUGUGUUGGUCGACGCCUGGCUGGUGCCCACCUUCUUUGGCCUCAUCAUGCUGGUCGGCCUGGUGGGAAACUCGCUGGUCAUCCAUGUGGUCACCAAACAUCAGCAGAUGAAGACUGUCACCAACUUUUUCAUAGUAAACCUGGCCACGACUGACAUCUUGUUUCUGGUGUGCUGUGUGCCCUUCACUGCCACACUGUACCCACUUCCCAGCUGGAUCUUUGGAGAGUUCAUGUGCCGACUAGUGAACUACCUUCAGCAGGUGACUGCUCAGGCCACAUGCAUCACUCUAUCAGCGAUGAGCGUUGACCGCUGCUAUGUGACGGUCUAUCCUCUGCAGUCACUGCGGCACCGCACCCCCCGCAUGGCUCUGGCCAUCUCUGUCUCUAUUUGGAUAGGCUCCCUGCUGCUGUCCAUUCCUGUGGCCGUGUACCAGCGCCUGGAGGCAGGAUACUGGUUUGGUCCUCAGACGUACUGCACUGAGAUCUUCCCCUCGGCCCACCUCCAGAGAACCUUCAUCAUCUACAGCUUCUUGGCCGUCUACCUGCUGCCCCUGCUCACCAUCACUGCCUGUUACGCCUUCAUGCUCAAGCGCAUGGGCCAACCCAGCGUCAACCCUAUCGACAGCAGCUACCAACUCCAGGCUCAGACUGAGCGAGCAGUCGCAGUGCGGGCCCGAGUCUCUCGCAUGGUGGUGGUGAUGGUGGCCCUGUUCCUCAUCUGCUGGGGCCCCAUCCAGGUCUGCAUCUUGCUGCAGGCGUUUGGUCUCCGCAGUUACGUGCUGUACAAGCUGAAGAUCUGGGGUCAUUGCAUGUCUUACUCCAACUCCUCUGUCAACCCCCUGGUUUAUGCCUUCAUGGGCAACAAUUUCAGAAAGGCCUUCAGACACGCCUUCCCCGCCAUAUUUCUGUGGCGCACCAGGAGCAGAGUCCGAGUGGGCAACGUGGACACAGAGGAAGGGCGGGAGAUUGAUCGACAGUCUCCCAGAGCAGACGCAGAGAUGCACUUUCUUUCAUCUGGGUCCUAAAGGCCACUUUGAACAUUUGGAUACUGUACAUGCAUCAUUUAUUUAUAGUUUGUUCUGGACAUGAGAGCAGACCACCCACAGUGCUAUACU